CGGUGAGGGGAUUAUACCAGCCGGCCACCUGAGCGAGUCGCGCACAGCGUGGCGACAGCGCAAUGCGUUCGCGCGCGCUGCUCGUCGCCAGUGCCAAACGGAUGAGGAUGUGCAGUGCUUAAAAACCGCGUGGGACGCAGACUCCGCUUUGCCGUUCUGCAACACGUGUGUUGUUUGUGCGGAUUGUGCAUCGUGUGCCGCUCGGAAGUGCUCGUGCGAUGGAGCAUCGUCUCAAAAUUUUUCUGUUUGUUUCUUCUUUUUGAAAGCCGGAGUGCGCAAGAAGUGAAUGCGUCGUCGUGGUGAGCUCGGCGUGGCAACCUCCUUGAGCUGAUUCGUGUCCUUGUUUAACGUAAGAAAACGCCACAUAGCUCAAUGUCCGGUGCUGCUGCAGCCGCUGCUAACUAACCUCGUACUCACACUAAACGAGAGGACUCAUCGAAUGCAAAACAAGUUAUUAGUUUCGUGCGAGAAGUGGUCCGACGGAUAUGUUGAAGCAACACUUCUCGCCAAAGCGUUUCGUUUGCUCGUGACUCGGCUCACAAAACUGUCGCGAUAACCGCAGGGAGGUCGCUUGCUUCUUGUUCUCGCAUCUCGAGUGUAACCAGUGGGUUCGAAAAGCGCCCGUUGUCCCGGAAAAGGGAAACCGGAAGUAGAGCUCCGUUACAGGCCUUGCGAAGCGUCUACAGUGUAGUCGCCUCCACCCACGAAGUAAGGAAAAAAGAAAAAAAAGAAAAGGAAGAGCGCCCGGAAGACGACUGCACUGCCCACGUCUCGGUGACUCAGCGAGUGCUGCAGUGUGGCGUCGUCGUAGCACUGCGAUGAGACGCGGGCAUUCGGCUCUUCCUCGUGCGCUGAAGUGACAUGCCUGUCUCGGGUGUCGAUGGACGGCUCUAGGUUCAGGCUGUUCGAGCCUGGGCCAUGCCGCCGCCAACAACGUAGGUCAGGGACAUGGUCCGAAGAAUCGCUGGAGCCCACGGCACUCAGUGGACUCGUCACGCCAAGAUCACGUUCAUCCUCUUGGCGCUUCUCGAUAACGCACGGCUUAGCGCAGCAUUGGCCCCAGCGCUCAUCUGCCAGCGGAUUCGCGGUCUAACGGCGGCGCAGCGCCGUUUCUGCGCCACGCGCCCUGACGUCAUGGUAGCCGUCGGAGAGGGCGCCCUGCUCGGACUGGCCGAGUGCCGUCGCCAGUUCCGUCACCGGCGCUGGAACUGCUCCGACACAGGCGCCUACGAGUCCGGCUUCGGACAGCUCUUCACUGUCGGAAGCAGGGAAGCGGCAUUCGUGUACGCCAUAAGCUCGGCCGCAGUAACGUACGCGGUGACCAGGGCAUGCACCCGGGGCCAGCUGUCGCGCUGCGGCUGCGACCGCACACCGCACCAAGAGCCCCAGCUGCGCACCCACUACGCGCACCGGCUCAUCAGCCCCGCCGUGGAGGCACCGCCUGCAGAGCCGGUCACCUUUGCUCGCGGAGCCCAGUUCGUGCGAGACUCGUGGUCGACGCCUCAGUCCGGAGCCGACGGUACCGGACGUGCCAGCCUGACCGCCGACGAGCUGCUGUCGCUGUCCACGCUAUCGGCCGGAGACCCGAGUUGGAAGUGGGGUGGGUGCAGCGCGCACGUCAAGCGCGGCAUGCGCCUGGCGCGCAGGUUCCUCGACUCGCGAGAGGUGGAGACCGACGAACGGGCCCUGAUGAACCUGCACAAUAACCGUGCCGGAAGAAAGGCCGUCAAGUUCACCUUGCUGACGGAGUGCAAGUGUCACGGCGUCUCCGGCUCCUGCUCGCUGAAGACCUGCUGGAAGCGGCUACCCCCGUUCAGCCACGUCGGUGACUACUUGGUCGAGCGAUACCGGCGCGCCAAGCGGGCGCUUCCUUACUACGGCCGCUCCAGGGCUGCACUGGACCCGAACCGGCGCAGACCGGUGCACCUGAAGCUGCACGAGAAGCACUUGCGACCGCCAGCGGCGACGGCGACACCGCCGGGUAGCAAGAAGAAGAAGAAGAUGAAGAAAGCGUCCUCUUCCAAGAGACGGGCUUCUUCGUCAUCGUCGACGAGCGUCUUCUUCGCGGACGAGCCGCCGGACUCGUACGAACUGCCCUGGGCCGACGUCGUGGUCCGGCCCAAACCGCGCGACCUGGUGUUCCUGGAGGACUCGCCCAACUAUUGCGUGCGCGACUUGGAGCGGGGCUCGGCCGGCACCGUGGGCCGCGUGUGCAACCGAACCUCGACGGGCCCCGACAGCUGCCGCUUCCUGUGCUGCGGUCGCGGCUACGAGACGCACUAUCGAACCAGGACUCAGCAGUGCCACUGCAAGUUCCACUGGUGCUGCUUCGUGCGGUGUCAGACGUGCGCGGAGAACGUGCGCGAGAACGUCUGCAAGUGACGAAUGUCGGUGCCGUUGUUUCGUGAACGAUUGAAACUAAGCUCGUGGCGCCGGUGCCGGCUGUACAUCGAGCUGAUGGAGGAGGAGCUUCUUUUACCUGCACUGCCUGAUGCAAGCACGUAGUAGCACAUGCAGGCCAGUCCGCAUAGUGUGCUGCCAGCGUAGUGUACGACUUUGCUAACUUGUCGGCAGGACACGUGACUACAGCGAGAAAUGCGACAUGCCAUCGACUGAAACUAGAGGGUUGUGUACAGUGAAGGCCUGAUUUCGGGGACGUGAAGUCGCACUUGCGUUGGGCCCGGGUUUUGCCUGUGCUUUCGUGGAAUUGUGGACGCUGAGCUUGAUGUACGCGCCUUAUGUAUGAUCAGAAUUGUUUUUUGCCUAAGGUAUCACUCGCUUAACUUGGCUGUACGUAGCUGCGUUCAGAUGGAGGAUCUCUACUUGAAAACAUUCCGAUGUCACCUCGUCCCGGUUUCUGGCGUACAACACUCGAUCUGCGUGAAUGUUGGCGAUGCGGCUACUGGGUUUUCAGUUCCGUCCAGGGACAAUGAUAAGCCAUCUGUGCGCGAGAUUAUCGUAGAUAUUUUAGGAACUUAGUAGUCUACAUUUCCCAUUGUAUAGAGCUGUUUGGAGUGGCGACUCUGCACGGUGUCACGUAUACAGGGGCAACACAUAUAGGUAGUUGUCACAUAUAUUAUUGACAGCUCCAAUAUGUUAGGCAUUUACUUUGUUUUCUUGCUACACGUUGCAGUAAAGACGCAUCACCCGAGAACCUGUUCUGUCGCUGCUGCUGACGCUUUCACCGCUAGAACGGCGCUGCGAACUCACUCCAGCUAUGUCUGUACGAGUAUGAUUGCUGCUCUGGUAUAGACCAUUGCAGUCUGUGGACGCUUUCUGCUCAGACAGUGACGUGGUUUACUUACUGGGACAUCGCCGACGUCCGUAGCCGUCAUUCUAUAACAGAAAAACCAAUUUAGAUGUGAUAUUUGUUGUGUUCACUUUGUCUGCCGCAAGUGGCAAUGGCUGAGAGACGAGGAGGCAAUUUUCGAAGCGCUUUUGCACCACUCAACGACGGCCUCCCCAAUUGAACUAAGGGACUAAGUAAACGUUUCCUAAUUGACUCCUCUUUGCGCUGUUUGCAUUUUAGUCGUGCGUGACUGGCGCGGUGUCAGCGGCGGGCGCAGCGUCGGGUUCUGCAAGGACAUUUUGGCAUUUUACGCGCUAGAAAUUAGGGUCACGAAAUGCGCUGUGGCCAUGUGACGACCAUGAUCAUCUGGAGCGCCGUUCUUAUGCUUCGAAAGUUGGAAAAUGCCUUUCGUAACAGCAUAACGCAGACGUUAUGUCUUCACGCCUACGCGUGCGAUAACAAAAGUAAGCGCUACGGCUUUACUGUUCCUUCUAAAAAUCAUUUUCUUUUUUGCAGAAUGAUCCAUAAAACUAAAAGUUUACAACUCUACAGAGUACAAUAAGAAUUAUACAUUUAAUAUAUUCAAGAUACUUAUUCUUAUUGUUCAUUAGAAUCUAACUUAGCCAAGUGUACAAAGAUACUGCUGUUUGAAGCUAUGUAUGGUCAUCAUGUGACCACCACGGUUAAAUAAACAUGUUUUCCGGCCUCUUGUUGGUGAGAUUUGACAAUCGGCAGAUAGUAAUUGAAAGAAUUAUCGUCAGCCCCAGGUCCUGAAGCAGGAGGGGGCAUAAAAUAUGCUUUAUAUUUUGUUCUAAACGCAGGCCGGUGGAGAUUGUCGUCAACGUCGCUUUAUUCUCCAACGUAUAUCGGCACCAGUGCAGGUAACAAAACAACUAUAGGAGUAAAUGAAAUCUAGUGAUAGCAAAGCCGA